AUGCCAAGAAAACUGUGGCAUGUAAAGCUAUACUGCCCCCACUCUGGCUGUGCACAAAAAGAACUAACUAGUGCUGAACUUUAUCCACACAUUCGGCAAGUACUUGACAUAGAUGGGUAUUACAACUUGGCAGCUGAGUAUCUGGAGUGCAGGAACUGCACCUGUAAGGUACUGUCUCUGUUCUAUUCCACUGUAUCUGUUACAUAUCGCAAUUGAAUCCAGGUUAAGAUUUUAGAACCAAUAACAUAUUUGUGCAAAGCCCUAUGGAGUCUCUCCUAUAUUUCGUCCAUGCAUUGCUAAUAAAUGCACUUGCCAUCGUCUGUCAAGGCUCUCUUUUCGUUUUUAUUAUGUUUAAAAGGUAAUAAGCUGGAGUGGCCCAAUUGUCAACCAGCUGGAUAUGGACCACAAGAUGCAGUUCCCUACCAUACUCAUCUACCGCUAUGCAUGUGAUGUUCGGGUCAUUCGCUUGCUGAGACAACGAGGCCUAGGUAAUAGUGCCACCCAACUACAGAGAAAGCUAACAGAACAGCACAGUGAAAGGUGGCGCGUAUGUACGAUCCAGUACCUGAAUGAUUGCAAACACUUCAGGGAUGUUUCUAAUAUUGGCCUUUAAUUACUUGCCCCAAAUUUGAAGAUCUGCCUGAGUACAUUCCCCUGCCGUCAUACAAGUGGUUCCUUACUGCUUAUGUCCAAGACAUUCUGCCACGCAUUGAGGAAGUUAAAUCUGGAAUCACAUCCACUUUUGGGAUAAUAAUUGAAAUGGAUUCCACCAAGAAGAUUGUUAAAAAGCUGGCAGGACACAGCACUGGGCCACAAAUGUUGCAAAUGAGAGAGAGCAGAUACUGAUGAGUGUCCUUACUGCUAGUGAAGGAGUGGGACUACAACCAAUGGCAGCAGGCCUCAUGAAGAGAUACUCGGAUGCGGGUGUACCCCCACCUAAAGUUCUCUAUGUUGAUUGUCACUGCUGUGGAGGUGGUGCAGUGAAGACAAAAGAUCUCUUCUCCCAGUGGUCACAGAUGGUGAUAUCCGUCAACAUAUGGCACUUUAUGCGACGCAUUGCUGUUGGUUGCACUACAGAGUCCCAUCCAAUGUAUGCCAUUUUCCUCGGCCAUCUUUCCAGUGUAUCUUUGAGCGGAGCCAGGAAGCCCUACAGCUCUUAA